UUAGUUUUUUAUUCUAAGGACCACAUUGAAAAUUAGAUUGUAUACACCUUCUUGAUAAAAAUGGCAUAAUGUGAAUAAAAAAUCUUAAUUGUUUCAUAAGUUUUUCAUUUGUAAUUCAAAAUCACGUAGAAUUAUUCAACUAGCCAUGACUAUCCGUUCGACAUUCUAUGGCGUUUCUCGUACGUCAUCAAGGGCACGCACGCGCGCAACGGUCGAUUCAGCUACAGGUGCUGGCCCGGCAGUCGAACCGUCGCCGUCUGCCACGCAACAACCUCCAGCUCUUACCCACUCGGAGGCAAACAAGGCGAUGCCGACACACUAAAACAUAAACCAUAAUUCUAAACUAAAAAAAAAACGCUUUAAAGACUAAAAACGCCUGUCAUUUAAUGAAAACAAAAAGUUGUGCCAGCAAAACUCAUUGCGUUCACAAAUUCAACAGGCGUUCAUAAUAUUCCGUGCUUAUGACUAGUGUAAAUAAUCUUUAAAGUUGAAUAUUAACUAAUCGUUGCCCUGUUUCCUAUUGUUGUUUUAAAAGGUUGUCUGUUCGCUUUUCGCUAACUCAUGUAACCUAAGUGUUCUUGUUCUGAAAAUAAUGUUGUUUCCAUUGUUGUUACUUUUGAGAUGGACGUUAAUCUUGGGGGUGUAGUGAUUUUAACAUAGCUGUGUUAUGAAUAAGAUUAAGUGAAAGCUGCCAAGAUGCUGAGUCCGAAGUACCAGCGUUCGAUCCGCGUGAACGACGGUCAGCUGAUCGCUCUCUCCGACCGGGCGCAGUAUGACCACUCACAGGCUGGAUACCUUCACAAACGGAGCUCAGACAACACCAAAUGGCAGCUGCGGUGGUUUAUUUUAUAUCAGAACCUGCUGUUCUACUACGAGUCGGAGAACAACACGCGGCCGACCGGGGUGCUGCUGCUGGAGGGCUCCUACUGCGAGAGGCUCAGCAAGGCGCCCAUGGAACGUAACGCUUCGUUUUGCUUCGUGAUCUCAUACCGGCGCGAGAGUCAGCGCCAGUACGAGUUGCGCGCCGCCUCCGAGGUGGACUGCACGCACUGGGUCGACGCGAUACGAGAAGCCAGUUUCAACAAGCUCCUACUGCAGAAGGAGGAGUUGGAUCAGAAGCAGCUGCACCUACUGCAGGUGGUGGAGAGCGAGCGCACGUCGCGCUGGCAGUACGCGCAGCAGUGCGACGAGCUCUCCAGCGAGGUCAAGAAGCUGAGGACCGAGCUAUGCACGUACAAGAAGGAACACGAGUCGGCGACACGCGCCGCGUCCACCUCCAGCUCGUCUCCGAGCCAUUCGCCGGAGAUCGACCCCGCUGAACUCAGGAAGAUCAAAAAAGUUCAGAGUUUCUUCCGCGGCUGGCUGUGCCGGCGGCGCUGGAAGCAGAUUGUGGACGAGUACAUCAAGAGUCCGCACGCCGAGAGCAUGCGCAAGAGGAACAGCCUCGUCUUCAAGAUGGUCGAGGCCGAGGAGGAAUACCUCGAGCAGAUGGAGAUCAUGGUAACAUGUUUCCUCCGGCCCUUCAAAAUGGCGGCUAGUUCUAAGAAGCCGCCGUGCACGCACGAGGACGUAAACUCCAUCUUCCUGAACAGCGAGACGGUGCUGUUCCUGCACCAGAUAUUCUUCAAGGGUCUCACGUCGCGGAUGGAGUCGUGGCCGACGCUUGUGUUAGGAGACCUAUUCGACAUGCUCCUCCCGAUGCUGACCAUCUACCAGGAGUACGUGCGGAACCACCACUACUCGCUGCAAGUCCUCACCGAGUGCAAGCAGAGCCAGCCCUUCGCGCAGCUGUUGGCGCGCCUCGAGAGCAAGCCCGCCUGCCAGAGCCGGUCCUUGGAAACCUUCCUGACGUACCCGAUGCAUCAGAUCCCUCGCUACAUCAUCACGCUGCACGAGCUGCUGGCGCACACGCCGCACGACCACGUGGAGCGCCGCAGCCUGCAGCAUGCACGCGCGCAGCUCGAAGAGCUCUCGCGACAGAUGCACGACGAGGUCAGUGAAACUGAAAAUCUAAGGAAGAACUUAGCUGUAGAGCGCAUGAUCAUCGAGGGAUGCGACAUACUGCUGGACGUCAACCAAGUCUUCAUACGUCAAGGCACCCUAUCUCAAGUGGUGGGUAAAGGUCGUCGGGCCCAGCUGUCAGCUCGGCAAGCAUUCCUGUUCAGCAACCACCUACUGCUGGCCACGCGAGCUGCGGGCGGCCGCCUGCACCUGCCGCCCGCCGCGAGGCUGCCGCUUCACGACGCGCUGCUCAUCGAGGAUCCUGCUAAUCAUGAUGAUGACGAUUCGACUUCGGUAUGCUCGUCACCCGGAGGAGACAUAUACCAGGGAAAAGACUUCAAGAUACUUGUUGAAGUAAAGGGAGAACAGAUCUGUGCGCAUUUAGUGGCGGGCUCUGUGGAGGAGAAGGCCGGCUGGACGAGCGAGCUGGCGCAGUGCAUGGAGAGCGCGGCGCUGACGGAGCUGCUGCGCGCGUGCGGCGCGUGCGGCGCGGCGUCCGCGUCGCUGCCCGCGUGCCGCUCCGACCGCGCGCUCUUCACCGACGACGUCGACAUCCGCUUCAGCCGCACGCUCAACUCCUGCAAGGUGCCGCAGAUACGCUCCGCUACGCCGCAGCGCUUGCUGCAGCGGCUUACUGACCUUCGUUUCCUGUCGGUGGACUUCCUGAACACGUUCCUGCUGACGUACCGCGUGUUCACGGACGGCGUGACGGUGCUGGAGGCGCUCAAGCAGGUGUUCUACGAGCAGUCGCAGCAGGAGAUGGAGCUGGCGCCGCCGCCGGACGCCACGCGGAAGACCAGCGCUGCAAGCUCGGUUUCUGGGUAUGGAUCAGAAUACAGCGACCGUGAUUGGCAAUCACGGUUCUGGCGAGCUUCUAGAAAAAGUGAAGAUGAAGACAAACUGUCUCCGUAUCUAACGGCACCAUCACGACGAACCUCGUCUGUAAGCAAGACUGAGGAGGAUAACAGUCAUUUGACAAUACCUAAAAUAAUGGCGACGUCAUCAAGUAACGAGACAUUGAAAGGUACAUCCCCAUCAUCUCCAGGAGCCAUCAGCUCGGUCACUUUAGUUGGCAGUCCAAAGAAAGCAAGUCCAGUAAAAGAUCCCAAGAACGCGGCCAACUCUGCAAAUGCAAAUACCAAUGCCAAUGCAAACAUGAUGAAGAAAGGUUCUAUUCCCAAAGACAAUGAUGCGGCCGCUGCCCUCAUGAAGGACGAAAGUAUUGAGAUGGUAGACCAGAGCGAUGAGGAUAUUAAAUAUAAGGAAGAGGAACAAGAGAAGAAUAAAAAGAAACCAGAUGAUAAGUUCAAAAUAUCACAACGAUUCUCCGAGUUUAUCCAACAGCGUGUGCGUACUAUGUCGGAGUCCCCUCGCCGCCUGCAGCCGUCGUCGGCCGCGGCGUCCGAGGCGCGGCGCCGGUCGGAGAGCGCACGGGAGACGAACGACAACGCCGCGGACGAACCCAGGAGGGCUUCUGAUUCUGGUACCAGAUUUGCUACAAGGAGAUCUGUCAGUGAGCGUCGUUACACCAAUUCCUCGAUUAACAGCGAGCGUCGUCGUUACUGGGGUGGAUCUGAACCUCGCUCCUCUGUAACUUCUCAGGUGUCACAUGCGCAGAACUACCGUCGCGAGACCAGUCAACCAAAGGCCGGUGUUGUCAUUACGUCAUUCCGCCAGUCCCACAGGAGGAGCAGUACGUCUACUGCUGCUGUGGCCUUUGCUGUGGCUACUUCGGCAUCAUCAAACCCGAGAUCUCCACCAGCGAAUUCUCCACCGGCUACCCGAAGGGACUCGGUUAUAUCGACGGCUGCUACCAUGAGAGUACUCAAUGUGCUACGGCACUGGAUUUCCAAGCAUUCGCAUGACUUCUGGUCUGACGAACGUCUUCGUGGGCUGACGAUGGAUUUCUUGAAGGAAAUAGAGGGCAGUCCGGGCUUACUGCCAGCUGAACAUAAGGCAGCUGCUCAACUGUUGCGGCUCUUAGAACGAGCUCCUGACAGACCAGUUGAUUUGAAGACCUUGUUCUUACCACCUCACGUUCCGACAAAGGAAAGCAUUGAAACACUCUCGGCUCUUGAAAUAGCGGAACAAAUGACGUAUUUGGACUAUCAAAUCUUUAGUUCCAUCAAUAGCGAGGAGUUCCUAGGACAAGCUUGGACGAAGGCAGAUAAGGCAGAGCGAGCUCCACACAUUCUUCUGAUGACGUCACACUUCAAUCACAUUUCGAAUCUCGUUAUUUCCGAAAUUCUGAAGAAAUGUACUUUGGCUGGUCGAGUAGCCGCUAUAGAGAAAUGGGCAGCCGUUGCCGACAUAGCACGAUGUCUGCACAACUUUAAUGGGGUUCUGCAAGUUUGUGCUGCCUUGUCCAAUACUUCUGUAUACCGUCUCAAGAAGACUUGGGAGAAAGUCUCGAAAACUAGCAAACAAACAAUAGAAAAGCUGCAGACAAUCAUUUCAUCAGAAUGCCGUUUCAGGAUUUUGCGUGAUGCCUUGCACAGGUGCGAUCCGCCAUGUAUUCCAUACUUGGGAAUGUAUUUAUCAGAUCUGUCGUUUAUUGAAGAAGGAACAACAAAUUACACACCGGACGGACUGUUGAACUUCUCGAAAAUGAGAAUGAUCGCACACGUUAUCCGAGAAAUUAGAAACUUCCAGCAAACCCCAUACAAGAUAGAUCACAUACCAAAAGUGUGCUCGUUCCUGCUGGAGCCGUCGCUGGUGAUCGCGGAGGAGCGGCAGUACCUGCUGUCGCUGGAGCUGGAGCCGCGCGCGGGCGGCGCGGCGGCGGGCGCGUCGCCGGGCUCGUAG